AGAAUGAAAAAGUUUAAGAGGAGACUUUCCCUAACUUUGCGUGGAAGCCAGACCAUUGAUGAGUCACUGUCUGAGCUGGCAGAACAAAUGACAAUUGAAGAAAACAGCAGCAAAGAUAACGAGCCUAUUGUGAAGAAUGGCAGGCCUCCGACGUCUCACAGUAUGCACUCAUUUCUUCACCAAUACACGGGAUCUUUCAAGAAGCCCCCUUUACGGAGACCACAUAGCGUUAUAGGAGGCAGCCUUGGCUCUUUCAUGGCAAUGCCUAGGAAUGGAAGCAGAUUAGAUAUAGUACAUGAAAAUCUGAAAAUGGGAUCAGAUGGUGAAAGUGACCAAGCUUCUGGAACAUCAUCUGAUGAAGUCCAAUCUCCUACAGGUGUUUGCCUCAGGAACCGGAUACACAGACGGAUCUCUAUGGAGGAUCUGAACAAGCGCUUGUCACUGCCUGCAGACAUCAGGAUACCUGAUGGAUAUCUAGAAAAGCUGCAGAUAAACAGUCCACCAUUUGAUCAACCGAUGAGUCGACGUUCUCGUAGAGCAUCACUAUCAGAAAUUGGAUUUGGGAAAAUGGAAACUUACAUCAAAUUGGAAAAGCUUGGAGAGGGUACUUAUGCAACAGUAUAUAAGGGAAGAAGUAAAUUGACAGAGAACCUGGUAGCUCUAAAAGAAAUCCGACUGGAACAUGAAGAGGGGGCACCAUGCACAGCCAUAAGAGAAGUGUCAUUAUUAAAAGACCUAAAGCAUGCAAAUAUUGUUACUUUACAUGAUAUUGUUCACACAGACAAAUCUUUGACUCUCGUCUUCGAGUACCUGGACAAGGACCUAAAGCAGUACAUGGAUGACUGUGGUAACAUCAUGAGUAUGCACAAUGUAAAGCUAUUUUUAUACCAGAUUCUGCGUGGUUUGGCCUAUUGUCAUAGGAGGAAGGUGCUACAUCGAGACCUGAAGCCACAAAAUCUACUCAUUAAUGAGAAAGGAGAACUAAAGCUAGCAGACUUUGGUUUGGCAAGAGCGAAGUCGGUUCCUACAAAGACCUACUCCAAUGAAGUUGUCACAUUAUGGUACAGGCCACCUGAUGUUCUCCUUGGAUCUUCAGAAUAUUCAACUCAAAUUGACAUGUGGGGUGUUGGAUGCAUAUUUUUCGAAAUGGCAUCUGGAAGACCUCUCUUUCCUGGUUCAACUGUUGAAGAUGAACUGCACUUAAUUUUCAGACUUUUGGGAACUCCUUCUCAAGAAACAUGGCCGGGCAUUUCUUCCAAUGAUGAAUUUAGGAACUACAACUUUCCCAAAUACAAACCACAGCCUCUAAUCAACCAUGCACCAAGGCUAGACUCCGAAGGAAUUGAAUUGAUAGCAAAGUUUCUUCAGUAUGAAUCUAAGAAAAGAGUUUCGGCAGAAGAGGCCAUGAAACAUGCAUACUUCAGAAGUCUAGGAACAAGGAUACGUGCUUUGCCUGAAAGUGUCUCAAUAUUCAGUCUGAAAGAGAUUCAGUUGCAGAAAGACCCUGGCUUUCGAAAUUCCUCUUACCCCGAGACAGCGCAUGGGAAGAACAGAAGGCAGAGCAUGCUUUUUUAA